GGCAAUAAUGGUGACAGUAAUGGCACACUGGCAAACCCAAUAACGGUUAAGAAGAAGCUAGACUUUUCGCUGGCACUACACAACACAACAACCUCUCCAUCUAAUUCACCAAAAGUCACUGCAAAUUUCUCACUCACCACCUCUUCUUCUUCGUCAUUUCCUUUUGGGUCCAUCUCAUUUGUCAACAUUCUAUACUUCACUUGUUUCCUUUUCUUCUUCCCGACCCAGAAAAAAAAUCAAACCUUUAAGCCAAAUCUGCACUAGCAUGCUUCAAUCACUGUGUUUUUAGAAUGUGGGUAUUUGUUUGAUCCCGAGUUUCAAGUUGAAAAAUUUGUGAGAACAUGGGUUGGAGGGAGUUUAAGGAUGAUGCGAGGGAGUUCAUGAUUGGGGUGGCGGAGAUGACGGUGGAGUUUGGAAAAGGGUGUAGGGAUAUAGUGAAGCAGAGCUUGGUGCGUGAAGAUUCCUUUGUUGUUAGGAACUUGGGUAGGGAUUCUUACUUUGGGAAGAGGGUGAGAGGACCUUGUGCCAAGUUGGUUGCUAAAUUGAGUUUCUUCAAUGAGUAUUUGCCUGAGGAUAAGGACCCCCUUCAUGCUUGGUCUGUCAUAUUCUUCGUUUCCUUCCUUGCCUUCUCAGCUUUAUAUGUGAAUUCUGAGGAUCAUCCACCUACCCCACCGGUGAAGCAGGUAUCUGUACAUCCUCCUAGUGCUAGCCGCAUAAUGCUUCCGGAUGGAAGGUGCAUGGCAUAUGAAGAGGAAGGUGUUUCAGCAGACAAAGCUAGAUUUUCAUUGAUUACUCCUCAUGCUUUUCUUUCCUCUCGCCUUGCAGGAAUUCCUGGAGUUAAAGAUUCACUGCUGGAAGAGUUUGGCAUUCGGCUGCUGACAUAUGAUCUUCCUGGUUUUGGUGAGAGUGAUCCUCAUCCCAAACGAAAUCUGGAAUCUUCUGCAACAGAUAUGGCAUUUUUAGCAGCUGCUCUUGGUGUGGACAAGUUUUGGGUUGUUGGUUACUCAAGUGGAAGCAUGCAUGCUUGGGCUGCGCUAAGAUACAUUCCUGAUAGAAUUGCAGGUGCCGCCAUGUUUGCUCCCAUGGUGAACCCGUAUGAUCCUAUCAUGACAAACGAAGAGAGACGAAGAACUUGGAAUAAAUGGACACGAAGAAGAAAAUUCAUGUUCUCCUUAGCUCUGAGGUUUCCUAGACUUCUUGGUUUCUUCUAUAAGCAAAGUUUCUUGUCAGGAAAGCAUGGUCAGAUUGAUAAGUGGCUGUCUUUAUCUCUGGGAACGAGGGACAAAGCACUGAUGGAAGAUCCAAUUUAUGAGGAGUUCUGGCAAAGGGAUGUGGAAGAAUCUAUCAGACAGGGAAAUGUGAAACCGUUUGUGGAGGAAGCUGCUUUGCAGGUCUCAGAUUGGGGUUUCACCCUGAAAGACCUCAAGUUGCAGAAGCGAAAACAGAGUAAUAAUGUGCUUAGUUGGCUUAAGGAAAUUUUCACUGAAACUCAGGAGUAUACGGGCUUUCUUGGUCCAAUACAUAUAUGGCAGGGAAUGGAUGAUAGAGUGGUUCCCCCAUCAAUGACUGAUUUUGUGCAUCGUGUGCUGCCUGGAGCUGCAGUACAUAAGCUCCCAUAUGAAGGCCAUUUCACCUAUAUCUACUUUUGUGAUGAAUGCCAUAGACAGAUAUUUACUACACUCUUUGGAACCCCACAAGGCCCUCUCAGGAGCAUUCCUAUAGAAAUAGUAGAUCAAACUACCCUAGAACCCAUUAUUGAACAGAAAGAAAUAGCAAACAGUGGUCUUUGUGCCGCAAACUAGGAAAGUACACAUGAUAGGACAAAAUGGUAUUUAAUUUUUCUCUCCAUUUUUCUGGCCAAACAACAUAAUUUUAUGAUGUAUAUAUCAUAUAGUUUUGCUCCAUCUCCAAUGGAGCAGUGAAGGAAAGAAAAUAAAGUCAGUGUUUCUGCCCCUGCCUUUGGGCUGCUGAACCCUUCAUAAACUUAUUUUGAGCUCUAUUCUAUUA